AUGGAGGCGCAGGAGGGAGAGGCAUCUUUGGAUAAAACUGGGCUAUACAAUCAGUUCAACGAGCUAGAAUUGGUAUUGGCAAGGCAGGGAACUUACAAUCUUCACAAGGAGGCUUUUGCUGCUCCUGCUGCCAGCCGUGUUGCCCGCCCCGCCGCCACCCGUCGCCGUCGCGGCCUCGCAGGAACGAGGUGCCAAUGGUGCGCCAUCACCGUGAUGGCUUGUGCGGCCCUCUGGGCCUUUACCAUCAUUUCCGUCUCCGGGGCCGUAAUGGCCUAUUAUUCGUACCACCUGGCCCUUGCCAGUCCCGUCGCCGGCCCCCUCCCCCCCGUCGCCCCCGUCGCCGCCGCCGCCGCCACCACCUCCAACGUGGUCAUUACCAAUGGCCCUCCUGAGGCGCGCCUUCUGGCGCAAAAUAACUAUCCUUCGUGGGGGCCAACCGGCCCAGAAGCUGCUGCUGCUGCUGCCGCCGCCGCCGCCGCCGCCGCCAACAUCGUCCACGCCCCCCAAGUCGCCGUCAACGCCCCCCCCCUGCCGCCGAAUAUUCCUGCCUCAGGCAUUGUGGCACCCCGGGCCCCGGGCAGCUCGGCCGCGCGUUUUCUUGCGCCGGUGUGGAACGCGGUGGCUCCGGCCAUCAAUUCUUUUGCGGGAGUUGGGCGCCCCCUGGCCGAGCGCCAGGCAAGACUGGGCGGCCUAGUCAAUUUCUUUCUCCCGGGGGUACACCCCCUGUGGUCUUUCAGUGUCCAAGCAUUCUAUGGAUGGCUGAAUAGGGAAUAA